GGUUUGGCCGUUUUUUUUCCUUUAUUAGUCUGACUUCAUGAGAAUGAGCUCCUCAUAUAGUCGACAUGGUGACGCACUUGAGGAAUCUCUUGUGUCAGCUUUGUGGGUGAGCUCGCAGCUGUGAUUACUCUUGCCAUCAUGGAAACCAGUGGGUAUGUGUGUCUAACUUUGAAGUACUUCGAUGGAUAUCAGUGCGGGGCUAUUGAAUUCACUUUCGAGAUGUCCUCGUUUUGAUAUUUUACACAGACUUCAUGUAUGUCCUCCUUUGAGUAGCAAUCAGGAGAGUAGAGAGCAGGAGUGUAGCGUAUGAAACUGUUUUGUGCAGUUUUGUUGCUGUCUUUGGGAUUGUUGGGUCACUCCGCUAUGGGUGAGUUUGUUCGAUUUAGCGGCUCUGCCUUCAGCCUGAAAGGCAGACCGUUUAUACCUGUUGGGUUCAACGCGCACUGGCUUGGCAUUGACGAGGAGUUUGAGUAUCCUUCGCAGAAGCGUAUUGAGGAAAUGUUUCAGGUUGCUGAGAAGAUGUCGGCCACAGCGAUUCGUUCGCACACCGUAGGUCACAGCUCCGGGCAUACUAAUUCAUUGCGGCCCUUAGAUCGAGAGCUGAAUGAGAAGGCGUGGCCAAGUAUUGACACUGCGUUAGCCAUGGCACGCAAGUACGAUGUCCGACUGAUUGUACCACUGACGGAUAACUGGUUUUUGUAUAACGGGAACUAUGGAAACUAUUGCACACCUUAUGGUCUUCCGAAGAACUCAUUCUGGACUGAUCGUCGGGUUGUUGAUGAUUUCAAAGACUACAUAACCCGUUACCUCAACCAUGUCAAUACUCAGACCAGAGUUGCCUUGAAAGACGACCCAUACAUCUUUCUGAUCGAAACCGGCAACGAGCUCGGAAAUUCUGGGAAAAAUGCUGAUUCCAUUCCACCUGAGUCCUGGAUUAGGGAGAUUAGUAGCCAUAUCAAAUCGGUUGAUUCGAAUCACUUGGUUCUCGAUGGCUGCGAUGCGAGUCUGGGGCAAUCGAACAACUUCCACAUUGAUUCUGUUGACGUAUAUUCACGCCAUUUCUAUUCGGAUGAUAUAGAUUCUUUGAACGCCAGUGCUACAGAAGCUGGUAAAGUCGGCAAGCCAUUAAUUGUAGGAGAAUUCGAUAGCGGUGCCUCGGAAUCAUGGCUUGCUGCGAUGGAAAGCAAUCCUAAUGUAAAAGGUACACUGUUUUGGCAUAUGUAUGGUCACGACGACAACGGGAAUCGGAUCAGACACAACGAUGGGUAUACUCUUUAUUACAAGGAAGAGUCGAGUCAACCAGCCCUUUUACGACUUGCAAAUCAUGCGAGACGCAUCCGGAACCUCCCUCUGCUUGAUUCUCUACUCUAGACUGGUUAAUGCUCGGCCGUCAUGCUAAUAAGAUACUGAAUAUCAUCUUGUUGUAGAGGUGCGACGCGGUGUCUACAUUUAAUAUCCUACCUAUAGAUGUGAAAUAAAAGGAUUGAGUGCCUCAUUUAGAGACUUGGGUGGUACAGUGUCGAGACAAUCACAUUACGGUCAAGGGAAUUGAUGUGAAAACUGCUGUGCAGUUGUCUUUUCAAAUCAAAGAGUCUCAACAAAGCUCCAGAAUUAGAGCAAACUUACAGGCACAUUCUUUUCAAAUUGUGGGAUUGAAGUUUUGCGAAGUGUCCAGAGGUGGGCAUUGAUUUUUAGGCUUCGUUAGGGAGGAUGUAACCAUCUUGCAGGCCUGACCAGCUCCAUAUUUAUGUGAUUACUGAAACCCUGACUAGGCAGUAAUACACAUGAAAACGUGCUCAAUUUGGAAAUGAUUCUUUCUUUGGCUUCAAAGGGAGCUGAAGUGUUGAUGUGCACAUUGCUGAACUGGGUGAUGUGGGAGGUAAUCAACAGAAGCAUACACGAAAUCAACAGAAGCACUUCUGCCUAAACCAAAAUAAAAGCAGGGCGUUUUUGUUUAAUUGAACAGAUGUGCUGUUUAGGAAUCGUAAAGGCAGUUCAUAAGCAGGUGCCACACGUGGACAAGUUCAUGUGCGCAAUGCUUAACUGGUCGAUACUCGGUAAUAAUGUAUUUAUCCUGCCUUGAUAAGGU